AUGGCUCAGGAGGUCGUGUUAGUGACAGGUUGCGUGUCUGGUCUAGGCCUAUCUACAGCCACACUCCUCGCCCGGGACCCAGACAAGAGAUACAUCGUCAUAGCAACCGUCAUCUCGCUGACGCAGAAGGAUGAUCUGGUUGUUGCCAUGGGAACGCAUCUUGAGAAGACUGCUUACAUCAUGGAGAUGGACGUCACCAAGGAUGAGGGUGUGCAAAAUGUGGUGCAGACAGUUCUGACUCGGUUUGGGCGGAUCGAUGUACUAAUGAAUAUUGCUGGUAUUGGGACGUGUGGUUACAUGGACACCAUGCCCCGGUCUAAGAUAGAACUGGCUUUCAACAUCAAUGCUAUAGCAGUCAUCCGACUUACCCAAGCCGUCCUCCCUCACAUGAAGCAACGAAAGAUGGGCAUGAUCCUCACAGUGACCAGCAAGGGAGGCAGAAUAGGUAUCCCUUUACUCGAAGUGUAUUGCGCCUCCAAGUUUGCUGUUGAAGGUUUCUUCGAGUCGUUGGUACCGGUAGCGAGACAAUUCAAUAUUGACAUCGUCAUGGUGGAGCCCGGUGGUAUGCGAACACAGCUCCAAAAGGGAAUCUUUGCGGAUUUAGAAGGCGUCAUCGCAGACGACUCCGUGAACGACCUCGACAGGUCAUUCGCUCGGAAUUGGAUCGGCGACCGGAAGACAACAAGACAAGCCAUGACACCGGACGAAGCAGCCACCAAGCUUCUAGAGAUUAUACAGGCGGAGAAGCCGAGGUUUAGGUACACCUUACCCGAGAGUAUGGGGGAGGCGUUAGCCAGCAUCCUGGCGGAUCCGUCGGAAUUAGGGAUCGCCUUGAACGAGAGGCGCAUUGUUGGAGCAGGGAACAAGACAGCAGAAUAAUUAUUAAAAAAAUUAAAACAUGAGUGUAAACAGGAUCCUUGCUCCAUUGAGAACAAAAAAUACGAGAAAAAGUUACAUUCCCUAAUUGACAUACGAUAUCUUGGAUCCGCCCCUUAAAAGAUAAUUUGUUUUGUGUCACAUAAUUACUUUUUUACCAUUUAGAACAGGAAUUUUGAAAAGUAUACAUCGGUGACCGAAAAAUAUUCAAUUCGUUAUCCGUAUAUCAUUAAAGAAAAGUGAAACGUAGAAUACAAUAAAGAAAGAGGGUUUGAAUGCACUCAUUGUGUCUACGUUAUACAAUGUUACAUAGUAAUUAGUAGCGCCCCAGGUGGGGGCAGCAUCAGCAAAGCCCCCCCCCCCUCUUCGGCGGCCCCAAUAGGGGGGAAUGAGAGCGACAGAAAAAAAAUAAAGAAGAAAAGUAAGGUAAAAGAGGAUAAGAGAGGAAAAGAAGUGAGAGAGAGAGAGAGAGAGAGAUGGAGGGAGGGAGAGAUAGAAAGAGAUGAAGAAAAAUCGCUACCUCGAGUAACGGGAUGGGAUAGGAAUCUCACCUCACCU